UUAACAUUCCUCAACGGCACAGCUAAAGGUGUGAAUGAAUCUGUCAACCGAAUUGCCAGUCAGCACUUAACACACCCCAAAUGGUCCAAAUACAAUCAGGUGAAGGCGGAGAACCAUACACCGUAUCCGGGCAUCUCACGUUUGACGCCGUCACUUUAUUUAUGCGGUGCUGCGGCUGUGGUACCUGCACAUCUGGACAAGCUGGGCGUGAGCUGUGUAGUCAAUGUGGCUCCCGAAUUGCCGGACACCCCACUGUCCAGCGUUAGUAAUCCAUUAUACUUACGCAUUAACGCACAGGAUCGGGCUGGAGUCAACUUGGCGGCUCAUUUCGAUGAGGUUGCCGAUUUGAUAGAAGAGGUACGACUAAGUGGCGGCUGUUCCCUGGUGCACUGCGUUGCAGGCGUCAGUCGGUCGGCUUCGCUGUGCCUAGCCUAUCUCAUGAAAUACGGCGGAAUGAGUCUACGUGAAGCCUACACACACGUGCAGUCUAUUCGCCCCAAAGUCCGACCAAAUUCAGGAUUCUUCCAGCAGCUGCGGCAAUAUGAGCAAGAAUUGCGAGGCAGCUGCUCGGUUGCAAUGAUUUACUUUGCAUCAUUGGACAAGGAAAUACCCGACAUACUAGAGCCGGAAUACAGAGCCAUGGAGGACUUUUAUCAAAGAUAUCGCAAUUCGCUAAAGAAACGUUAAGAUCCCAAAACUAAAUAUGGUCCGGUUUCUUAAUUUUAUGUGAUAUGUGUCCAAAAGCAUGAUGCAAAUUAUUUUGUAGUAAUUAUUGUAAAUAAUUUAUUGUUAGUCAAUUUAGUUGUAGAAAACUAAAUGUACGAAUAUGCUGAAUUAUAAUAUUUAAUACGUUAUGUCUUAAUUGAUCCAAAAUAUAUUUCAUAAAAAAGUA